AUGUGCUUGGGAAGCAGGCUCAAACCCACCAGGGCUCCAGGUAAGAAGUGUGACUUCAGCAGCAUGGAUCAGUGUGAGGAGAUAGAGGAAGAAGCCCCUCCCUCCAAAACCAAACAAAAGAGGUCCUAUCAGAGACAAGAUUCUGCUGAACCUGAAUCUGGACCCAACUGUGUGUCCUUAAAGAGCAAUGACUCAAUGGAUAUUGUUACUAAUCUUAAACAACAGCAACAACCGCAACAUGUAUCAGAGUCAAAAGUCGACCAGCAGAGCUCAGAGGUUCCCAGUGCUCAGUCUGUCCAGCAGCACCAAACACACUUGGACUCCAUAUUUAUGUUUCUGUUCUAUUUGCUGGGGGAAAACAUUGUCACAUUUGUGAAGAAGGAGCUGAAGAACAUUCAACAGGUUCUGAGUCCAGAUUACCCAGAAUGUCAGAGGGAGGAAGAGGAGUUGGAUGAUGAAGAUGAAGAGCACAGGAGGAGCAGCAAAGACGCAUUUCUGAAGAUUACAGUUAACUUCCUGAGGAGGAUGAAGCAGGAGGAGCUGGCUGACUGUCUGCAGAGCAGAACUGAUGCUGUAGUUUGUCAGCAUCAACUCAAAUCUCAGCUGAAAAAAAAGUUCCAGUGUGUGUUUGAAGGCAUCGCUAAAUCAGGAAACCCAACCCCUCUGAACCAGAUCUACACAGAGCUCUACAUCACAGAGGGAGAGACUGGAGAAGUUAAAAAUGAACAUGAGGUCAGACAGAUUGAAACAGCCUCCAGGAAGCGAUACAGAGCAGACACACCCAUCAGAACAGAAGACAUCUUUAAAGGCUCAACUGGAAGAGAUGGAGCCAUCAGAACAGUGAUGACAAAGGGAGUGGCUGGCAUUGGAAAAACAGUCCUAACACAGAAGUUCACUCUGGACUGGGCUGAAGACAAAGCCAACCAGGACAUGGACUUCAUAUUUCCAUUAACCUUCAGAGAGCUAAAUGUGCUGAAAGAGCAAAAGUUCAGCUUGGUGGAACUUGUUCAUCACUUUUUCAUUGAAAUCAAAGCAGCAGGAAUCUGCAGCAUUGAACAGUUCCAGGCUGUUUUCAUCUUGGACGGUCUGGAUGAGUGUCGACUUCCUCUGGACUUCAACAACACUAAAACCCUGACUGAUGUCACAGAGUCCACCUCAGUGGAUGUGCUGCUGACAAACCUGAUCAGGGGGAACCUGCUUCCCUCUGCUCGCCUCUGGAUCACCACACGACCUGCAGCAGCCAAUCAGAUCCCUCCUGGCUGUGUUGACCUGGUGACAGAGGUCAGAGGGUUCACUGACCCACAGAAGGACGGGUACUUCAGGAAGAGGUUCACAGAUGAGCAGCAGUUCACAACCAUCAUCUCCCACAUCAAGACGUCACGAAGCCUCCACAUCAUGUGUCACAUCCCAGUCUUCUGCUGGAUCACUGCUACGGUUCUGGAGGAUGUGAUGAAAACCAGAGAGGGAGGAGAGCUGCCCAGGACCCUGACUGAGAUGUACAUCCACUUCCUGGUGGUUCAGACCAAAGUGAAGAACAUCAAGUAUGAUGGUGGAGCUGAGAUAGAUCCACACUGGAGUCCAGAGAACAGGAAGAUGAUUGAGUCUCUGGGAAAACUGGCUUUUGAGCAGCUGCAGAAAGGAAACCUGAUCUUCUAUGAGUCAGACCUGACGGAGUGUGGCAUCGAUAUCACAGCAGCCUCAGUUUACUCAGGAGUGUUCACACAAAUCUUUAAGGAGGAGAGAGGACUGUACCAGCACAAGGUGUUCUGCUUCAUCCAUCUGAGUGUUCAGGAGUUUCUGGCUGCUCUUCAUGUCCAUCUGACCUUCAUCAACUCUGGAGUCAAUCUGCUGUCACAACAAUCAACAUCCUGGUGGUUUAAAUGGAUUGAAAACCAAUCAACAUUGUUCUAUCAAAGUGCUGUGGACGAGGCCUUACAAAGUCCAAAUGGACACUUGGACUUGCUCCUCCGUUUUCUCUUGGGACUUUCACAGGAAUCUAAUAAGACUCUUCUACAUGACCUAAUAAGAAAAACAGAAAGCAGCUCCUUGACCAAUCAUGAAACAGUUCAGUACAUCAGGAAGAAGAUCUCAGAGUCUCCCUCUGCAGAGAAAAGCAUCAACCUGUUCCACUGUCUGAAUGAAAUGAAUGAUUGCUCUCUAGUCGAGGAGAUGCAACAGUACCUGAGAUCAGGACAUCUCCCCACAGAUGAACUGUCUCCUGCACAUUGGUCUGCGCUGGUCUUUAUCUUACUGUCAUCAGACGAAGACAUUGAUGUGUUUGAUUUAAAGAAAUAUACCGCAUCAGAGGAGGCUCUACUAAAUUUGCUGCCAGUGGUUAAAGUUUCCAACAAAGCUCUAUUGAGUUUGUGUAACCUGUCAGAGAGAAGCUGUGAAGCUCUGUCCUCAGUUGUCAUUUCUCAGCCCUCUGGUCUGACAGAACUGGACCUGAGUAACAACAAUCUGCAGGAUUCAGGAGUGGAGAAACUGUCUGUCGGACUAAAGAGCCCUCAUUGUAAACUGAAGAGUCUCAGACUUGAUAAAUGUGAACUCACAGAGAAAAGCUGUGAAGCUCUGUCCUCAGUUCUCAGCUCUGAGUCCUCUAGUCUGAUUGAACUGGACCUGAGUAACAUGGACCUGCAGGAUUCAGGAGUGGAGCUACUUUCUGAUGGACUAAAGAGUCGUCAUUGUGAACUGGAGACUCUCAGAAUGAGUAACUGUGGCCUCACAGGCAAAAGUUGUCAAACUCAAAUCUUAGUUCUCAGCUCUCAGUCCUCUAGUCUGAGAGAACUGGACAUGAGUAACAACGACCUGCAGGAUUCAGGAGUGAAGCUACUGUGUGAUGAACUGAACAGUCCACACUGUAAACUGGAGACUCUCAGACUUAGGAUAGGAUAG